UCGCCUCUCAAAAACAGCAACCGAGGACAGUUUCUGCUCCCGGGAUUUGCGCCAUAAUUCAUCAUCCCGUUUCAGCAAAUAUGCUGCAGCUGAGCAUAGGCCAGUGCCGUGAUGUACAAAGUACCCGUUUUGCUUAUUCCUGUAGUGAACCGUGGUAAGCCAGUAGCCAUUAGUCCGCGAAUCGCAGCAUGACGGGUAUGAGGAGAAUGUGAGCCCGCCUGUCUCCCUUUUUCAUCAUCAGUGUGGGUGGUUGGUGUUGGUUGGAUCACAGGCACCGUCCCGCCUUUCCCUUCCGCGGGUUGCUGAAUAAGCCGCGCUGAACCUUCAACUCAACGCCCAAGAAGCGAAGUUCGCAAGUUCUCGCUCAACAACGAACGACCCUUCACGGCUUCAAACUCUCGUGCAAACGAUCUAUUGCUUCAAUGCUGGCUCUAGCCUGCGACUAAGCCAUGCAGGUCCUAUUCGUUGCCGUCGUCUGAUCACUCCAGUUACAAAAAAGAUCCGUCCCGAAGCCAUGGCAAUACUCUGAAUCUGGGUAGGAAAGUUGAUACCGCUUCACUAGACACGAGGGAGGGGCUUCUGCUAGCUAUUGUCCAGCUCGCCAGGUUGGCGCUCAAUACCAUAAUACAUAACGGCCCCUUCUCCCUCGUCAUAAUAUUAAGACAGAACAAGCUCCCACUGCUGUCAAUCGACAAUCUGCGCAAGCAGCAUAUAACCACCAAACAUAUCGGACAGCUCCUGUAUACCAAAAUAUAUUUCGCACCUCACCUCUAGACAUUAUCCACCAAGCACCGCACUACAACGUGACUAUGGGCACCAUCCCCCCAUCAAGUAACAUGGCAGACCCGGAUCAUAUGGCUGAGUUUCAAAAGCUUUCCAAUCAUUAUGAGCCGGAUCUACAGGGACCUUUAGUGGGUCCGAAACAAUCGAGUAGUAUGAUAACGUCCGAAUACGCAAACGCGGACCCUAUAUACGUCGCAAAGACCACUGCGCUUUCUCAUACUCAUUCUCAUUAUCGUAUAAUGAAAGGAGAUGGAAAUUGCGGGUGGAGAGCUGUUGCCUUCGGAUAUUUUGAGACGUUAUUCAACCUACGCGAUACUGCAAAGCUAGAACAGGAGUUGGCGCGGAUCAAAUCCUUGAACGAAUCACUGGACUCUAUUGGAUGCCAACAGUACAUUUACGAAAUGUUCGUUGAAGUCACGGAGGAUGUCUUUGGCCAAAUAUCGGGAGCGAUUGCGGAAGGAUCCUAUGACGAUAGUUUCCUCCUUGACGCAUUUAAUGAUGAAUCCAAAUCCUCCGCUAUCAUCACACAUUUUAGGUUAAUGACGAGUGCCUGGAUGAAAAAAAAUCCCGACCGCUAUGCAGGCUUCCUUAGGAUGACUGUUGAUGACUAUCGCACAAAGACAAUCGAACCCGGUAAAACCGAAAUCGAUGAAAUAGGCAUUCACGGGCUGUUCGACGGAGUCAUUGAGGGGUCUGGGUUUGCUAUCGAGAUUCUCUACCUUGAUAGGAGCGAAGGAACAGAAGUCACCCCGCAUUUGCUCUCGCCCGAUAACCCCAUCGCAACAAUUAGGCUUCUUUAUCGCCCUGGUCACUACGAUCUCCUAUAUCAAACCAACCAGGCAAUUCACAACCAAGGGAUUAUUACAUCGGUUAACUUCCAAUAUGCCAUGAGCUCUGACUAUAUGCCCUGGUAUUCGAGUGCCUUGCCGUUUGAUCUAAACCCAGUUUUGAUGUCCAUCCCGAGCCUUCCGCUCGAUACCACCAGUAUUUCAUCACCAAUGACCGUUAACCAGCCGUACGCGUUUCCCGAAAGGCAAAUUAAUUCCAAUGUUCCACCUCAAAUGAUUCCCCAGUCUCCGCCAGCCCUGGCACAACAUUCUCCAAUUUCGAGCUUUCCUGUCAGCCCAGUUUCCACGCCGGAUAAAUCCACGGAGCUCCAGAUCAGGAUGAAUCCAUUAGUGUGCGAACCAAUGAAUACGCUUCCGCUGUCCUCUGUACCUUUUAGCAACUCUCCCAAUAAUCUUGCACACUUCCAUCAUCCCGAUUUCCAACCUUCCCAAUGGGACCCGAACGAGGAAUAUAAGUAACAAAACUCGAACUGCUAUCUCUACUCAUGUGGGAAUAGCUUUGACAUGAUGAGAAACGACCCUUUGCAUCAUAUUAACCACCCUAGAUCCUGUGUCCAAUUUUCAAACUUAUUUCGCGCUGUCUUUUAAACUUCAGCAAUAUGGCGUUCCCAUGGAGGAGGGCACCAGUUUGUAGUUCCAAUGCCUCCAGAGUCCCUGUUUGUCUUUCGAUCCUAUUCGUUUUUUCGAAGAGCUUAUGACAUGUUAUUAGCGGCUAUUUGCAUUUUCUUAGUGUCAUACCUACAUGUGGUUGAUAACGCCUGUUUUUAAAAGCAGCUUAGCAUUUGAAUUUGACUCGUUCAUCUAUCUACUCCACCUUAGAGGUUAGUGGAGGGAUACAGCCAAAACGUGUUAAUUGUAUUGGGCUUUCUGAUCUUCUUUUCCAACAGUGUUAACUUUGCUUCUCAAACCUAGGUAUGAUUGAUUCUUCUGUCCAUUUCCACGAGCGCGCUUCCGUGACAUCCCCGAACAGAGAUUUCCCGGCCACGGAGAAUAAAAGCAGUGCAGCAUGAUUACUAACGCUGCUACUGAGAUUUGCAGCGUUUAGUGUAUUUCGCUACCUGCAUAUUCGUCAAGUUCUUGCCUGGCUUUCCUGUGUUUACUCCCUACUACGGCAACGGUUCGGGGUAUUUGGAUUCUGAAAUCAUCAUUCUCGCUAUCAAAUUGGACAACCGAAAGGAGCUAUAACUUGAGAUACUGCCCGGAGCAAUAUCCCACUUUUAUUCCACCAAAAGCACAUCAUAUCAGUAGUCGAUUCACUCUUCAAGGAAGAUAGAAAAUAAAGCGAAAGAUUUUAGAAAACGUAAGAGGGGCGAAGAAUCUAGAAAAUAAACAAAAAUAAAAAAUCCAAGAACAGCAAAUUAUGCAUUCCCCCCCGCCGGUUCCCCUGAUGAAUUCUGCGGAUAAGGCUGUGUCAGCCAUACAUGAUCGGUACCUGAAUUGUUCGGGAACGUUGUUGACGCAGAAAGAGACGACACCCGCCGCCUGUGAUGGAGACCGAGAACGUCACUCUUUAAGCUCCGCAUAUCCUGCAGACCCUUGUCGAACAAGGUCGAGUCGGAGAACAGAGCGAUGCCGGGAUGCAAUAUCAUUCUUCUUCGAGGUUUUGGCUUGCUAUCUUUGUCGCUGCCUUCGUCCUCAGUGUCGAAUUCCCCGAUGAUUUGUGGCAAUAUCACGUAUGAUUCGGCUCUUCGGUUGAUUACUGAUGAUUGGAGCGUGCUGUAGGUUGGGCUUUGGGGCCCGUUACUGCCGCUGCCACUUCCGUUUCCAUUGCCAAUAGUUCUGUUGGUCCCGUUGCUGGGAAAUGAGAAGCCUGGUAGCAUUGAACCCUCGUCAACCGUCCAUUCUUUCCACGAAUCGUCCACCUUCAGACCGGGCGCUCUGUUGAAUGUUAUCGUGCAUCGAUCAUUACGUCGCAGGGACCAGAUCUUCAGCGCGGCGUUGAUAAUUUCGGCAAACUGCUCUCGAACAUCGGUGUUCGUUUGUUCAUCCUUGCCGAUAAGCGGUUCCAGCAUGCCAGCCCCUGCUUCCACCAAUUGCGCGAUGAUCUUCUUGAUAUCAGAAAACUGGGGCAACCUGUUGAGUGCCCUGACGGUUAUUCCUCUCCAUACUUUUUCCUCAUCCGGGCUCAAGGCGGCAGAUAUCGCAUUCAAGAUGGCCUCGUCAUGUUUGUCACUGUUCGUGCUGCAACCGACAAGCAACUUGUUCUUAAAUAUUGCAUCCAGCUGUCCCGAGAUAAAGUUCUGCACGCCAGCCUUUCGCAAAGAUGUGGCCACAGCAGUACGGGAAGAGGAGGUAUAAUCGAAUAUACCACUCGCUUGUCUAAGUUUGCCUAAGGUUCCCAGUGGUUCAAGGACCUACACACGGGGCAGAGCAAAUUAGCGCAGGUUUGGAGCACAUGCUGCUUGGUAAACAUACCAAUUCAACCUCCUGAGGGACAUUCUCAAACCUCGUGGCGAAAGCCUCAAUAAGCUGGUACAAAUUUUGGACGGAUUUUUUACUGUUCAGAUGUCUUAGCCACGAAAAAAAAAAAAAAAAAAAGUUUCCGAUAACCAUUUACCCACACAGCGUAAUAGCAGAGAGAUAUGGACUUACUACUCAACAAACGGCGUUGCAGAAACCGCCAUUUCAGCGCUCAGCGUGCGCAAUUUCUCCCGGAGCGAGGCCACGUCCUCUUUCAGUCCUUCGUUCCUCUCCUCCAAGGUGUCUCGAUAGACAGUCAACCUGUUCACUUCGGUGUUGAACUCCCUAUUCAAUCUGACGGCAUCAUCCUUCUCCUUUUCCAGCUUCCGUUUCUCCGACUCAACACGGCUCUUCGCAGCCUUCACUUCUCCCUCGUAUUGUUCCUUGACUUUUUUCUUCUCCUUUUUGAGGGCCUCUUCCUGUUGCUUCUUGAGUUUAGCCUCCUUUUCGCGAUACUCCUUUUCUGCAGCUUGGCGAUCUCGUUCCAGCUUAGUCUUCUCCUUGACGACGGCCUCCUUCUCCUUUGCAACUGAUUGCUCCUGUUCUUUCAGUUUCUUGUUUUCUGCUUCAAGCUUCAGGAUCACCUUGUCCUUAUCUUGUUUGAUUUCUUCAAUUUUCUUAUUUUUGACAGCAGUAAUUGUAUCGACCGUGUUAUUGAGCUUUUCUAUUUCAUCCACUCUGUCGAGUUCAGAUGCAGUGGCCCUUUUAAUGCCCUGGAUUCUAUCUUGGAUUUCUGGUAUUGCUAGGAAGCGGAGAGCAUUGAACAGUACAUGCACCGAAUCCGCAAUCGUAAUUGUCCCAUCUUCGGUAUUGUGGUCUCCCGCAAUCGUCUUGCCGCGGGCAUGGUCGCCUACUUUCUCCGCAAACGACUAGAGAGGGUGGGAAGGUUUUGGAUGUAAAGUUAGCUCUCAAUGAUAUCUGGCCUAUCCUAAACCAACAUUAGCGGUGUUUAUUCACUCACUGCAUCUACAUACCUUUGAGUCUUGGUUUGAAUUCAUAGCGUAUCGGCUGGUAUCACUUCCGCUGCUGUUAUGUCGAAGCCGCAGCCGAUCUAAAGCCUUGUUAACAGCGUAGUGUGUCGGCGAUAUGGUACGCCUGUCUUUUAUAGAAAAGAUAUGGUUUGGGGACUUUCUGCCCAUGGAUAUCCGAUGUUUCUUUUCGUACCAUCAAAAGCUGUGGAAGGGUCACUUCUAGCCCUUAUAAUGAAGCAAUGAAGAGGGGCAGUGGACUGAAUAUACAAAAUUCUAUCAACUCCACGAAAAGGCCAGCAGCUGCAGUAUAUAUAUAUAUAUAUAUAUAUUUCUGUACUGUACAUAGAUAUGUAUCUCCCUUCCCAACUCUUCCUUCUCUCUAAUCCUUAUAUCACGGCGACAUCAUCAGCCACACUCACUUCAAAACUGAGGCCUCCAGCUCCUUUCCCACCCCUUCCACCCGCUGAUCAAAUCAGUCUCCAUUCUCUAUACGACGUACCAGAAUUCGGACAGAUGCAUGCAAAACCUGCAGCGAGGCUGCAUAUCAGGAAAGGCUCUCGAUCCACCCGUAGCUGUCAACGUGGUUUUCUCCGCGCGUCGGGCGCAUGGGCCCUUCUACUCUUACUCCCUCUUCCGUUCACUGCCUUUGGGAGUAAUGCAUCUUGUAUUGGAUAGCUCUUUACCGCGUAGCCCCUCCGGUGCUGGCGCGGGGUGGGAAUCAUUGCUUUGAUCAGGAAGGGAGUAUAAGUCUCGAACCCUUUGAUUUCAAGCCUGGCUGGAUCCAAGCGCUGAUGCUGACGCCAAAACCAACAGGCGAUUAGGCAUGGACGGGAGUGAUCUAGUUAACCGGCACAAAUUGGCGAAUCAUGUAGGGAUCUUUGAAAGUUGACGUCGUCGUCUUAAGGAGUUCUUCUUUUUCAGUUCUUUAAGGCGCCCGAUUCGUGCAGUCUCCAGGCAUUGCGUUGAACCAAAGGAUAAUACUUCGGGUUAAUCCAAUUCGCAUCUUUUUCUUUUCUUUUCUUUUCUUUUCUUUUCUUUUUUU